AUGGAAUCCCUUCAACCCGAAACUGAAGCCAUACACAUUCUGAAGAAAAGAAAACAUGAUCUCACAAACGAUCUGCAGACAGCUCGGAGACUCUGGAGGGCACAUGGGUCGUUUGACCUGAAGUUCUGGGCACAGGCUGUCAAAAUAGAGAAGAUCAACCUGGAAAGGUCAGACGUGGAUCGCAAAGUUUCACUUGGAAGUUUUGAUGGGGUAGAGGAGACAUGGAAGAGGACUGAUGAAGCUAAGACGAUUUUGGAACAGAUUGAAGCACAAAAGCAGACGAAAAAAAUCUGCGAGGAAAGGGUUCACCAGCUACAGAGUGCACCCCCUCGUAGAAGUAUGAGAGCAUGCUUUAUGAAGUUUUUCACGACCUCUACCAUGGGCAUGGCCAUCAAAGGCACAGGUGCUGGGGCUCGUGACACAAGCCAGCAGAGCAACUUCCGGGCAGCGAUGAUCGAAACCUACAAGGCAAAGCACCCUACCGAACCAUGGCUCUGGUGCCCUAUUCUAGGGGACUAUACGGAUGAUGAUGAUAUCCAAGCAUCGCACCUGUUCCCUUGUAGGAACGGACAGGAUUGUUUGGAUGCUAUCUUCGGUAAGACACGAGCGGAGGAGCUUUUUUCGCCACGCAAUGGUCUUCUUUUGUGCAAAAAGCUUGAGCGCUAUUUCGAUUCUGGCAAGUUUGUGAUCGUUCCUGAUAUUCCUAAUUUCCAGAAGAACGUGCUGGUAUCUGCGGUUAAGGGGUGGCUCAACUGUGAGCCCCGCCAGUACCGGGUGAAGCUGAUCGACCCUGAUUGGGAAAAGAAGGAUGAAAAGAUCUCGCGAUGGCAAAGUCUCACUUUUGGACAGCUGGACGGCCGGCCGUUGAGGUUCCGCUCUAAUUUUCGACCUGCAGCUCGAUAUUUGUACUUUCAUUACUGCAUUCAGAUACUACGGAUGUGUUGGCAGCACAGCAGCCAAGGAAGGUCAAGCCAGGCGGCUGCGCUUCUACAGCUGGAGAAAGGGAAUCCUUUUUGGGGAACUGUGGGAAGAUAUCUUCCACGCAACAUGCUUUUGGCGCUCGUCGAGGAGAUGGGUCACGAGUAUACAUUUGUGCUAGACGGGGCUGCGGCCAGUCGGCCCGCCGACGACAAACUCCUCCUCGGACUUGCUUCAAGGCACGUCAAGGAACGGCCGUCUAUCUUGACACCUGGAGUUUAUGAUCCUGCUGAUUCGGAAGAAGAAUUUUCUUGGCUUGAAGAGGAUAGUGAAGAUGAGUAG